AUGAGUCAAAUUCAUAUUUUAGUUGUCAACCCGAACAGCUCUGAAUCAAUGACUCAUGAGGUAGAACAGAAUAUCAGGGCACUGUUUAAGAAGGAAUUAAAUAGCAAGUCUUUGGCCCUUACGUUUGCCACAGGACCUGCGAGCGCUCCACUCCAGAUUGAUGGUAAGGAGUCUAGUUUACGAAGCGCAGAGGCCUGUCUGCCAAUGCUGACAGAUGCCGGUUCCGUUUACUUCUACAACAAAUACGACGGUGUACUGGUGGCUUGUUUUUCUGAUCAUCCGUUGGUAGCUGAGCUGUUAUCCGUAAUAAAAUCUACAACUAGUAAGACAGUUGUAAUGGGAUUGCUAGAUACUUCAAUCCAUUAUUGUAACAUGAUCAACAGCAAGCCAUUUUCUAUAAUUACAUCAAAUAAAGAAUGGGUACCGAUCUUGAAUGAGUCUGUUGAAUCCAAAUACCUUACCAGCAGUGUCAUCAAUCAAUCUUUAUGGAAGGGCACAAUAUCUUCUGAUAUUCAAGUACUCGAUUUGCAUUUACCGGAAAACUUUGCAAAAAUUGUAGAUGUCAUCAGAAAAGAGAACAUUGAGAGAUUGAAAUCAAAAAUUAUCAUUUUAGGUUGUGCAGGAUUUUCUGGAUUACAGACCAGUCUUUCAAAGGAAUUUCCAGGAGCUGGGAUUGUUUUUGUGGAUUCUGUGGCUAUAGGUGUGAGAGUUGUGAUGAUGAUCGCCGAUUUUAAUAAAAGUGUAUCAUCUCCAUAA